CCAUAUCGACAACUUAAAAGUCGUGUGUUCGGCAGGUUGAGAUCGAUUCUAGUUUGGCCUGAAAGGAGAACUUGAAGAAAGAAAAACUGAAGAAAGAAGAUAUUUAUCACUCGAAAUAAUGAAGUUUUCCAUCGCAGUUCUAUUCGUACAUGUUUUGGUGAUUUUUCUGUCCCCAUCAGUUUAUGGAGGUGAAAGUGACGUGCUUCGAGUUUUUGACGAGAAUUUGAGAUUGACUGAGAAGGAGAUGGAAGAAUACAUGAAGCAAGCGGAUCUGGAAAAAUAUGGUUUUAAGAGAACCGAGGAGACCACCAUUGAAACGGAUGAAAAUGGAGAAAAAAGGCAAAAGAGAACCAUCUACUACAGAGUCACCGAUGAUUGUUCUCGAGUCAUGUUCUGGGAAGGAAUCCUUGAACAACGCUUGCCAGAGAAAUUGAAAAAUCUGAGAAUCCUUUCAACCACCGUGAAAGAAAUUCAAAAUCGUAUCUCUGACAGGAAGACAAAGGAAUGCACAGUCGGUUUAGAGAUUCAUCCAGAUCGCUGUCUCAAGUCCAGUGGUAGCAAACGUCGUGUGGCUAGAGGUUGCACUGGUUGGUGCCUUUUUUGUUGGAAUGCAGCCAUCGUUUACGACAACUAAGGAAUAUAAGAUACUUGUACUAAUAAUCUGCAU